AUGGUUUUGCAGUGUUUCGUCCUUCUGGUUUUCUUCCUCAAUAGUAACCAUGGACAUAUUGAGUUCAUUUAUACAACAAACAAUGAAGUAAAAUUGUUCUGCAACACCAACAAAUGGCAAAUAAGCACAGUGUCUGAAAACAAAAUUGAUGUGAAUUGCACAGUGAAGUGUGUUCCUGGUGAACAGCUCAAACUUAACAAUAUCCAGAAAUUCUGUACAAAUGAAGAUUCAGAGAAAGUUGAGGAAAAAUGUCCACUAUUAGCAACCAGUGGAUUUUUUCAAUGUGUCACUGCUCUGGAUUCUGGUUUACUGUAUCCAUUCGCACCGUCUCCCAACACCGUCACCUUAUACAUAGUCGCCCCUGCAAAUGAAUCCAUAACAAACAAGUCUGUGGAAAGAUCUUCAGUCGUGCUCACUGAAGGCGAAGAUGUACUUUUAAACUGCAGUUUCAUCAUUACAGAAGACUAUUCCAGCAUAUAUUUUGCUGUUUACUGGAUCAAGACCAUUGAAAAGAAGAGUAUCUGUGUGCAUUCUUAUGGUUAUAACAGAGAUACUGGUAUAAAUUUCAAUCCCUAUUGCAAUGUGCAAAAAGAUCUGCUUCACAGGCUCUCCAACCAAACACCUAUAAGCAGAAGCACCCAUAACAUCAGGAUCAGUAACAUAACAGAGUCAGAUGCUGGACAAUAUCUUUGUGCUUUACGAGUGCACACAUAUUCAAAAACAAAAGUAAUGUGGAAGAUUAUAAAUAAUAUCACAGUCAAUGUAAAUAAAGGUCCUGAAAUAGGUGGAAACCGAUUGGAUGUUGAGUCUCUCAUCCGCUUGUGUGUUACACUGCCAAUAAUACUGGGUGUUCCGAUAGCUGCUGUGGUGGUGCGUUUAUGGAAAAAGAAUAAAACCUCAGCCAGAUCUCAAACCAUGGAACUGCAAACAAUCCAACAUAGAGAAGAAACUUCUGACAUGCACUUUGAAGCAUGACCACAACACAGUAAUGUGUUAAAUAUCUGCUCUGUGUUAUGAUUUCUUUUGCUUACUUUGACUGUAAUAUUAUAUUUAUCGUACAAAUGUACAAAAGCAAUAACAUUUUUA